UUGUGAUAGUUAACAAAGAGGAGAGAACCAAGACACAACCAGUUUGCUUCUUGCUUUGUGUGGCUAGUUUCAGUUUAAGACGUUUGACAUUCUUUGUAACUCGAUUUCACGUUUUAAUAUGAAAUAUCGUUUUAUAUUACUGUAAUAUAAUAGUAAUAAAAAUACUUUUCAAUAAUCGACAAUUAUUGUGACCGUGUGUUCUAGUCAUGGCGACUUGUCUUAUUUGUAGAAUUAAAUGGUCGACAAACCAGUCGGGGAAAUGCAGUGAUUGUUUAACUUAUCUUCAGUUAUCUCCUUUGUUUUCUUCCAUUAAACACUACAGGUUUCAUUUCUUAAGAAAGCAUACGUCCAGUUAUGCAUAUUCCAUCGGAAAAUCAAAGACAAUUUUCCCGAAAGAAACUACCAAGUCUUUGGUUUAUUCUAAAAACCAUUCAUAUACUUCUAUGAAUUACAAAAAUUCAAAACAAUACAAUCAUUUUGAAAAUAAGAUAACUAAACAAACUUACAGACAAUACAAUCAUUCUAAAACCAAUACAACAAAACAAUCUUACAGAUGCAGACAAACCUGUUAUUCUAAAGACAAUUCAUUUCGUUCAUCUUCACUAGAACAAGACUCUGACAGUUUAUUGUGCAGUGAUCAAAAUGAAAAAAAUCCAUUUUUGCAAGCUAUUUGUAAAUCUGCAAAAAAUGAACGCCAAGUAAAACUAAGUGCUUCAAUACUGUCAAAUAGUGAAGUUAUAUUUGAAGAAGAAUUUAGUAGAUUAGGUCUAAAUUAUUCCUCUUCAGAAACUUCAAUAGAAAAGAGUUGUGAUGGGCCGCUGAGGAAAAAGAAGAAGAAGAAGGCGACAGGCAACGCGUAUCCGACUCUGCAGAAGAACGCGGUCUGCCUGCUCAACGAAAUGAAGCUGGGUCUCAACUAUAAGCUGGUUGAGGCCGUUGGCCCUGUGCAUUGCCCUGUCUUCACCAUGGCUGUCGAGGUGAACGGUCAGGUGUUCAAAGGCAAGGGCGGCAACAAGAAGCUUGCCAAGCAGGCGGCUGCGGAGGCGGCUCUGAACUCGUUUAUCCAGUUCCCGGACGACAUGACCGCCCCCACCGGCCACCGCCCCCUGCCGCCCCAUCUCCCCGCCUCCACAGACUUUGCCUCAGACAUCACCGACACAGACAUCAACAUUUACAAUGCGCUCAAGAAUGUGGACUAUACGAAAACAAAGGAGGAGCCGAAUGGAGGCGGCGUGAGAGAGCUGAAGCUGUCGACACUGAUUGCCGACAAGAGUCCAGUGAUGGUGUUGAACGACCUGCGCCCCGGCAAGGUCAAGUACGAGUGCAUCAGCUCCGAGGGGGAGGUCUUCGCCAAGUUCACCAUGACCGUCACUGUCGAGGAUAAGGUCUUCGAGGGCACUGGUCCAAGCAAGAAGGUGGCAAAGGCGGCAGCCGCCAGAUCUGCACUGUCAGCGCUUUUUGACGUGAAUCUGAGUUCGGCGUACACAACGCCCUCCAUCUACCAGUACCCCACCCGCCUCGCCCCCUCUGUGCCCUGUCAGAUAGUCCCAUCGCACAAGGUCGACUCCAUUGCCAGGCUAGUGCAAAGCAAGUACAACGAGCUGAUGGCGAAUGACGCGAUCCACGCGAGGCGAAAAGUGUUGUCAGCAAUAAUAAUGACGCGCGGCCCCGACUGUCCCGGUAUAGUGAUAUCGCUGGGAACGGGCACUAAGUGUAUCAGUGGCGAACACAUGAGCGUUAGUGGAGCGGUUAUCAACGACUCACAUGCCGAGAUUAUUGCCAGACGGGGCCUCUGCGUCUACCUCUAUAAACAGCUUAUGCUGCUCACCGACACUGAACUAGCACCCACCUCUAUUUUUGAACCAAAUUCUAACCAACAAGGCUAUCGAUUAAAAGACGAGAUCAAGUUCCACUUGUACAUAAAUACCUCGCCUUGUGGAGAUGCCAGGAUAUUUUCGCCGCACGAAGCCACUGGGGAGGAUGCCCUGGACAAGCACCCUAACAGGAAUUCGCGAGGCCAACUGCGCACCAAGAUAGAGUCUGGAGAGGGUACCAUCCCCGUCAGCUCCAGUGCCGGCAUACAGACCUGGGACGGAGUGCUACAGGGCCAACGGCUGCUGACAAUGUCGUGCUCAGACAAGGUGGCGCGAUGGAACGUGGUGGGUGUGCAGGGAGCACUGUUGUCGCACUUCAUCGAGCCCAUCUACCUGGCGUCAAUCAGCCUCGGCUCACUGUUCAACGUGACGCACAUGUACAGGGCGAUCGGCGGACGCAUCGAGGGCACAGUGCAGGCGUUGCCGCCUCCGUUCCGCCUCAACAAGCCCAGUCUCGGCGUCACCAGCUCGUCCGAGACACGCCACACCGGCCGCGCGCCUAAUCAUAGCGUCAACUGGGUUAUCGGCGAGGAGCAAGUGGAGGUGAUCAACUCGACGACAGGCAAGCGUGAGGUGGGAGGGGUGUCGCGGCUGAGCAAGCAGGGGCUGUUCGCUCGCUUCCACCAGCUGCUCGCUGCCAACAAGCUGCAGACCAUCACUGGCAUUGGCCACGUCUACCAAUGUCCGCACGAGUACAGCGAUGUCAAGGCUGCCGUCAACAACUACAAUAUUGCCAAAAUGCAACUAGUCGAAUCGUUUGCCAAGGCAAAGCUGGGCAAGUGGCUGAAGAAGCCGAUCGAACAGGACCAGUUCCACUUGGAUGAGGGCAUAUUCAAGUGAUUGCAACAGCAACAGCAACAGGCAGCUCAUAACCAAGGCAAAGGCAGCAAGUGUAGUCCGCGGUUAGGCUACAAAAAGCGAAUGAUGAUUGCUUACAAUGGUAAAAAGUAGAUCUUUCUUUCAGGACUGAGGCCAAACACUUUCAAAAUGCCUCCCAACAUUAGUAAAGGGCAUCUGAGUUUGUUAUGGCCUUUCAUAUUUCGUUUGUUUGCUGCUAACUGUUAUCUCAAGUUGAAAUGCUUCUUAAUAACAGUGAUUAAUGCCUAUUUACCUGUCAGCAUAUGCUACUUUGAAACAAGUAUACAGGAGUUUCUAUUCAAUUAAUAUGCUGUCAGUUACUGUUUCUUAUCAAUAAUCGGUAAAACAAGAAUCUUGUACUACAGUAGUUGUUAUCGGAAUGAAUCAGUGUGUGAUACUUUGAAGCGUUCACUCCUUUUCUGUAGUCUCUACCUCAUUCCUGUGAUGGAUAACUGUAACUGCUACUUGCAAGUAAUCAUACCUUUUCUGUGGUUGUUACAAGUUUUUAUCCCUGUGAUGGAUAUCAGUAACUGUUACUUGAAAGUAAUCAUACCUAUUCUGCAGCUGUUAUUUCAAAGUUGUUAACCUAUUUUGGAUAUCAGGAACUUCUACUUGAAAGUAGUUUUUCUUCCACGUUUGCUGUCUUAGAAUUGUUAUCCCUGUAACGGAUAUCAGUUGCUGCGAUUUUAAGUAACUAUCCCUUAUCCAUUGAACCAAAAUUACACAUUUCAACCUGCAUUUUUUCUUAUUUUUGGAUGUAUAUUGAGUAACUGAUACUUCUAUUUAUUCAUUCCUUACAAAAUGAAAAAGCAAAUGUUACCUAGUAAUAAAGAAGUAGAGGAUUUCACUUAUACUUGCCUAGUAGAAGAAUUAUUAAUAGCUAAAAACUUUAUAUCAGUUGAUGAUGUACAGAAGAAUUAAUUCUUAAUAUUUCUAAUUCGAAUUAAAUCAGUUGCUUAUUCUGAUUCUGGCUACUUAGUAGGUUUUUAAUGUAUCAGUAUAUUCUUUCUUUUAUAUACAAUAACAGUGUGAUAGUUUUUUUAUCUUGAAAUAUCGAAGGGUCCCUAUUAUUUCUCGAGUUACAAUAGUUACCAAUAUUUGUAAUUUUAAUCUACAGUUUUUCAAUCUUCCCCAAUAGCAAGCUAUUUAUUUCUUUGAUAUAUUUUGAAAACUUGUUCUUUUCUAUGCUGUAUUCAUUGUGUGGUAGAACUUUUAAAUAAUAGUUUGGUAGAAUUUUGUUUAUUAUGAAAACUCUUUUUUUCCAAUGCUGCAAUUAUUAUGUGAUAUUUUAUUGUAUGGUAGAACCCUUAGGUACUUGUUUGGUAUAAUUUUAUUGAUUUUUGGAAGCUUGUUGACUUGGUGGGGGUUGGCGAUUCAGGUAGUAAUUUAUAUGUAAGUUAUAACAGACUCUAUAAUGCUCUUGACAAUGUUAGGACUGUUGCCCUUUCGUAGCAGUCUGCCCUUGGCUCUGAAAGACGAUCUACUUUGUAUCUUUGUGUUUUUCAUACGUUUAUCAAUCAAAAUUACGUAUGAGUGUAUAGUUAUUCUCGAUAGUGCUAAAGUAUAAUAAUAUCCUACCUCUUUCCACCAACGAUAUUGUUUUAAAUCUUUAUCUCUUUCUUUCUUCAGAACCUGUUGGAGAAGAAACUGUAGAAAUUCUCGAUUAUAAACAAGCAGUUGAUUAGUGAUGAUCUAAAGUUAACGUAUGUAUAUAUAGCGAGUAUAAGACUGUUGAUUUGUUAGCUGUAGCACUUAUCGAUAAUGUAUUGCUAUAAUCUAGUGAUAUUUUAAUUUGUUGGUAAAAUUAUAAAAUCGAAUAUUCUAGAUCUCGAAUCUCUUCACCUUUUUGCAAAAAUUGUUAUAAUAUUGUUCAAGAUCCGUGACAAUAGUUCAAUUGAUAGGAUUUACUGUAAUAAUUUACGAUAUUAGUACUUUGUGUAUUUCAUGAUUAUGUUGUGUUUGUUUCUACAAUUAUUGUCUUAUGCUAGUGAUGUGAGUUGUUUUAUUAAUUUGUCAUGAAUUUGGUGAAAUUCAAGUAGAACAUUUAUGUUGGAUACUAGGUUGAUGUUUUGGAUAUUAAAAAUAUCAUAAAAGAUCAAUUGAAUAAAACGGAUAUUGAAUAAAAAGGACAUUGAAAAUAACCUAGGUCGCCAAUUUGUGUGGUAGUUAGUCAUGAAAUUCUAAACUUAGCAAUACUCUGUAAGUAUUAUUAUUCUUCAAAGUAAAAGUAAAUAUCAAUAAAACUUAUCGUAGAAAUACUUGGAAUAGUAAUUUUAGAAAUAAUCUCGAUUUUAAUUGUGUCAGAAUUUAAACUAUUAGUUAAGAUAUUUACUAAUUUUAUUCAAGUCAAUAUUAGUCUUGCAAAUUAUAUUAAACACAACAGAAUAAUGUUUGUAAUUUAAGAAAUGAAAGUAAUGUAACAGAAUGUUCCACCCCACGAAAUGAACUAUGAACCUGAAAUGAACUGUCACUCGAUGUGAUUUAAUCUCUUGCCAUAAUCUCUCCUCAUCCUAUUACCAUUAUUGAGAAAUGUGUCCAAGUAUUACAAUGAUCGUUCAUCAUUUCUCUUUAAAAUAGUUCUAGUGUGAUCACACAUUGGAUUAAUCAAACCACACCUCAUGUAAAAUCGGUGAACAGUGUAAUAUGAUUUUGUUUGUUUCGGAAUCAAAGUCUAUUAAAAUUAGUUAUUGUAUAUUUCUUGCAUUUCUCACUGUUGAAGUCAGUGUAAGAAUUGAUUGAUUUUGCUUUUUAUUACGCUCAAUUUGUAUUAAGUGUUGUAUGUAGUGUUGUGUAGGUUAGUUGCUAUCAAUAUGAAGAUGCAUUUAUAAUGAUUAAUGGUGUGCCAGUAUACAUGAAUUUGUGUUGUGGCGCGCUAGUAGAGUACAUGUCACUCAUUGUUACUAGUAAAUCAUUACCUAAUCUGUAUAAUCUCGUUUUCAAUGUAUAAUUAUAAAUUGUGUUUGAUGAACACUGUUUGGUAACUAACAACUAACUUAUAAGCAAUAUGUAUUUCUAUAAAUUUUGAAACAAUUGACUAAUAAUUUUAUAGAUGUUGUAAGAGAACCUAGUCAGAAACAGGCGCUAGUUUACAUAGAGUUCCACUGCCCCAACUAAGAUAGUCAUUUUCCAUCCCAAUUAAUAACACUGCAAUCAAUCAUAAAAAUCAAAUAUGAUCAGUAUUAUUCUAGACGACUUUUCUCAGUAAUGCACAAGUGGUUAUAGGUAUGGUUCUUGCUAUUCUUAACCAAUACUAGAUUACACUGGUUAUAGUUGCUUACUAUGUUUGUUGGUAGUAAAAACUAUUACUUUUAUAUAUAAUUUGAUGUACCAUCCGUUUUAUAUUAUUUUUUGCUUAAUAAUUUCAGUUAAUCUAAUUUUGCUCAAAUUAAAUAAAGUUGAAUCACCAUUCACCAUGAUUUUGUCUGUGUUGAAUAUUGAUGUUAUUAGGAACAUUACAAUAUUUCAUGAA